UUGUGCCUUGGCUUCGCACGACCUCAUGACCUUCUCCUACUGGCCAUGGCCGUUCUUCUAAAUUGCAAGUUACUAUAGAAUACGUUUUGCAGCCCCUCCGUACUUUAGCACCGUCAUUACCUCCUGUGACUUUCUUCCUCUGUUGUUUUCGUUCACCUCACAACAUGUUGCGCUGUCUCGACAACUCCGGGAACUUCACCGGCAACUGCUCAGACAUGACGGUGUUGGAAAGGCAAAGGAUGAGGAUGAAAUGGCAACAAGAGCAACCAUGUCACGAAAACCAGAGCUUGUAUGGUGAUUCUGCGCUCGGUGAGGUCGUGGCUAAGUCCAUGAAGCCCGAGCUGGGCCAACUCCACUUUCCCAGUUUCGGGUUGGGGUCUUCUAGAUUUGAAGCGGCUUCUGCAAUUUCAGCAACUUCCAUGGCGGGAGUUGAAGAAUCCAGAGGCACAGGCUCUGUUCCAGAGAAGGAGAAGAUGAGCUCUGCAUGUGGGAAGCACAGCUUCAAGAAGAGAAAAUCCGAUAAGAUUCAUAGCUCCAAGGUUGUUGCAGAAAGUGAAAACAAAGAGAAGAAGAUGAAAGGAGGUGGAGAGGAAGGAGAAUCCAAAAUAACAGAGCAAAAUAGCAACAAGAACACCACAACCAACAACAGCAGCAGCAAAGACACAUGUGGAGGCACCUCAAAAGGAAAUUCGAAGGCGUCCGAGGUUCAAAAGACUGAUUACAUCCAUGUCCGAGCACGUCGUGGCCAAGCCACUGACAGCCAUAGCCUAGCUGAAAGAGUUAGAAGGGAAAAGAUCAGCGAGAGAAUGAAGUAUUUGCAGGAUUUAGUACCAGGUUGUAACAAAAUCACAGGAAAAGCUGGAAUGCUUGAUGAGAUCAUCAACUAUGUUCAAUCUCUUCAACGUCAAGUAGAGUUCUUGUCAAUGAAAUUGGCUGCUGUAAACCCAGCUCUUGACUUCAACCGAGAUGAUCUGUUCUCCAAAGAGGUUUUUAGUACUUGUGGUCCGAGUUUUGCCACAUUUGGGAUGGGAUCAGACAUGAACAAUCCAGCAUAUCUUCAGUUCAACUCAGGGCAACAGGUUCCUCCUCCCUCAAUCCCCGAAACGUUUCUUGACUCCUGCUGUUUCCCUCAAAUUCUACCAUCCUCUACUUACGAAUCUGAUCUCCACAAGCUAAUCAGUGUGGGUUCUGAUCAACCACGAGCAGUAUCAUCAUCCUUUCUUUCUCAGCCAUUCACAGGUGUAGUUGAAGCUAGCCAUCCGAAGAUGGAGAUGUAGGCUCAAGUUAUAAUUAUCAAUUUGUGGGAUGAAUUUUCUCAGUUCCAAUCGAUGCUUAUCAUGCUGAUUCUUUUUGUUUUCUUUUUAAAGUACAUAACCGUAUAUUAUUGUUUGUACACUCGCUCCAUUGUAUAAAUAAUAUCACAAUAAUACCUUUUAACUUCAGUCA